CAAAAAUAUUUUCUGUGUAUAUGAUACAAAAUUUCUCAGAUAUAUCCUCAAAAAUAAAUCGCACAUUCAAGGGAGUCGCGAACGGUGAUCUCAGAUUUGUUCCGACACCUUGAUUUCGCGAGCCCUAGAUUCACGCACAAAAACUAGAAAUCAACCACAGUAACCUUCUCGAUUGCCGAACUCUUGUAUCACUUAGCUUUGAUCUGUGAGUUUCUCUGUCAAGAUUAAUUUGAGUUCAUUGGAUACUAAAUUGAAAUUCGAUGGUGGGUUUUGAUUGGUUGAUUGAAUGAAGUUGCUUGUGUAGUUGACAUCUACUUGUUUUUGAAAGUAUAUUCAUCUGCUUUUGCUUGCUUGCAUUUGUUAUUGCCAGGGAAAAAAGGAUAAAUUUAUUGGGUUUUAAGUUUAUGACUUAGUAUUAGUGUUUACUUGUUAGUGGGUCGUUAUUGUUUGAUCAGUUUAGUGGAAAUUGAGUGUUGCCUCUAACUUUGGGGCUGAUUUGGUGAACUGGGUCUGUGUUUUGGAUGUGAAUUUUGCAAAGGGGAGAGUAAUUACAGUUGGGUGUGAAUGAGAGGAGAGGGGCGAUGAGAGGGGAAGUUGAGGAUUUGGAGGGACAACAAUGACUACAGGGUCAUUGGGUCUACGUUCAGGAAGUUAUGGAUCACUGCAACAGUUUCAGAACGGUGUGUUGCCAAUUCAGACAACGCCCCCUGUUGCCACCCGUAAGCCGUCGAAAAUGUUCAAAGAGAAGGAGAGUUUCUUUCAUUGGAUCUGCAAAUUUGCUGGCCGCAAGAAGGUUGGAAUGCUGCUCUUGUGUGUUGUUUCUGCCGCGGUUUUUAUAUGGGUAUUGUAUUUAGACAAAGCAGGUGAAGAAACACGGGAAGGCAACCCUAUCCAAAGCAUUACACUUAACAGCAGCUUUCCUUGGGGCUAUCCUGAAUCUUCACCAACUCACGGAGAACUAUAUGGCAGCAUUCUUAAUAAAACGGAUAAUAUGGGAGGUGAAAUUGUGGUACAGCAUCCUUCUCCUGCUGCAUAUUUUACAGGUUACACGCUUCCUCCAGGGAAUCCUUGUGAAGGUUUCGCAUUGCCUCCUCCACCAGCAGAUAGAAAAAGGACCGGACCACGCCCAUGUCCAGUAUGUUACCUUCCUGUCCAAGAAGCCAUUGAUUUAAUGCCAAAUGACCCAUCAUUUUCUCCUGUGCUUAAAAAUUUAACCUACAUUCAUGAAGAUAAUUUAACUAGAAGUGAGUUUGGAGGCUCAGACUUUGGUGGAUAUCCUUCUUUGAAGCAGAGGAAUGAUUCUUAUGAUAUAAGAGAAUCAAUGAGUGUGCAUUGCGGAUUUGUCAGAGGAAAUAAACCUGGACGUCAUACAGGCUUUGAUAUUGAUGAUUCCGACCUUCUUGACAUGCAGCAGUGUCACGGGGUGGUUGUUGCAUCAGCAAUAUUUGGAGCUUAUGAUUUAAUACAACAACCGAAGAAUAUUAGUGAAGAUGCUAAGAAGUCUGUCUGCUUUUAUAUGUUUGUGGAUGAAGAAACAGAAGCAUAUUUGAAAAAUUCUAGUGCACUGGAAAGUGACAAGAGGCUUGGCUUGUGGAGAAUUGUUGUUGUCCAUAACCUUCCUUACACUGAUCCAAGACGCAAUGGAAAGGUCCCAAAGCUUCUAUUGCAUAGGCUCUUUCCCAAUGCCCGCUACUCUUUAUGGAUCGAUGGAAAACUCGAACUUGUUGUGGAUCCAUAUCAAAUACUUGAAAGGUUCUUGUGGAGGAAAAAUGCCAGUUUUGCAAUAUCGAGGCAUUACAGACGCUUUGACGUGUUUGUUGAGGCCGAGGCUAAUAAAGCUGCUGGUAAAUAUGAUAAUGCUUCCAUUGACUUCCAGGUCGAUUUUUAUAGAAGGGAGGGUUUAACCCCAUACUCUGAGGCUAAGCUUCCUAUAACAAGUGAUGUUCCUGAAGGAUGUGUAAUAGUAAGGGAACAUAAUCCUAUCUCCAACCUCUUUACUUGUCUCUGGUUCAAUGAAGUUGACCGUUUUACUUCCAGAGACCAGAUUAGUUUUUCUAUCGUAAGGGACAAGAUUAUGUCAAAGACAAAUUGGGGUGUUAAUAUGUUCUUGGACUGCGAAAGGCGCAACUUUGUACUGCAGGCGUACCAUAGAGGGGUGAUAGAGCCGCCGUCUCUUGCUAUCGAUGUUGAUCAUCAUCCAACACCUGUAAUUGAUGAAACACCAAAUGAAACACAAGUGGAGAUUUUAACAGAAAGUAUUGUAAGUAAUCCUAUUAGAAAGACACCAUUGAAGCAUGGGAGAGGCAGGAAAUCCGGUUCGAAGCGUCAUCGCAAAGUUGCUGCUGGCAGUAAGGAUACCAUUUCAAGUUAAAAUUUUGGUUCACGCGAUUUUUUUUUUUACUUUUUCCUUCCCUGUUUCAAAAUCAUUCAAUGCGGGGCUAGGAAUACGUGCAAGGUGAGUGUUGUAGUUGCAUUUCUACACAACAGUUUCUUAUAUCCUUCAUUUUUGUUUGAAUUGUCAAAAUUAUCCAUUUUUUGUUGUAUAUAUAGUCAAAAUUUCAAUAAUUAUUAUAUGGGAUGUUUUCAGUUCCUCAAGUGAUGACCCAUUUUGUUGGCAAUUGUUAUGUUGACUAUAUUUACAUUAAAAUGAAAGUUUAACUGAAAUUUCUUCA